AUGGAAGCAGCGAAACAACUUAAAGCAGACCCAGAUAUUACGAUCAGACGUGCAGACAAAGCUUCCACUUACGUCCUCAUCGACACCCCCGAGUACUUACAGAAAAUGGAUGAAAUUCUAAGCGAUACUAGUAAAUUCAUGAAGAUUACCAAGGAUCCCACAGAAGCCCUGAAGACGAAACUCAACAGGAUAAUAAUGAAGAAUAACUCCACCAGCAAAAUCGUCAAGUUUGAGAAGCUGACCGGAGUAUACAACCUGGGAUACUGUUACGGGAAUGUAAAGACCCACAAACCUGGUAACAAGCUUCGUCCGAUUAUCUCGCAGAUCCCGACGCCUACCUACAUGCUAGCCAAGAGAUUGUGUACUCUCCUAUCCCUGUACAUACCUACUACGUACUCACUACGAUCAGCAACAGAAUUCCUCGACAUCCUCAAGACCAGCGACAGCAGCGGCGUUAUCGCAUCGCUAGACGGCGAGUCAUUAUUCACAAACGUACCAGUUGAUCGUACCAUCGACCUAAUCAUUGAACGGGUCUACCACAACGACACCACCCCCGACCUCGGCGUCCAAGAAUCCGUGCUGCGCGAGCUACUGGAAUGCUGCACUAAGGAAGCGCCAUUCACCUGUCCCCGAGGAAACAAAUACCGCCAGACUGAUGGAGCCGCCAUGGGUUCACCACUCGGAGUAUUACUAGCCAACUUUUUUAUCGGGUGUAUAGAAGAAGUCUUCAAGGAAACACAAAAAAUAGACAUAUACUGCAGAUACAUCGACGAUAUAUUCAUCAAAACGAAGAACCAAGCCGACACAGAAAUAAUAAGACAACGCCUUCAGCAAGUUUCUGGACUCAGCUUCACUAUAGAAAACAGCACCAACGGCACCAUGCCUUUCCUCGACAUCCUCGUGAAGCAGACGGACGAGUCUUAA